AGAUUUUUCCAAACCGCGGGAACCACGCCUUUACUACUCUCUUUCUUCCACUCCAUCACCAAACCAAAAUCCAGGGAAGCUUUAAAAAAACAUUUUUUUUAAUAUUAGAAAAAUCUAAAGAACCCUGCGGCUGCGUUGCUCCACAUCUCAUUAUUAGACCUUCUUAAGUUCUUGCCAUUCCCUCCUUCGCCUCCUCACCUCCAUCCGCCGCCGCCACCUCCGCAUUUUUCGUCUCCCUGCCUCAAUUUCCCCUUCUCCUCUCUCCCGCUUUUCAGCCAUGGCCAUUCCUUGCGCUCCAUUCAUCGCCUCCGAGAAGCUAUCCACAGCUUCCGCACCCUCCUUAUCCCCUUCCCCUGUAAUCCUCUCCCAAGACGAGCUCAAGAAAAUCGCCGCCUACAAGGCCGUCGAAUUCGUCGAAUCCGGCAUGGUCGUCGGCCUCGGGACCGGCUCCACGGCCAAGCACGCCGUCGACCGAAUCGCUGAUUUGCUCCAGCAAGGUAAGUUGAAGGACAUCAUAGGCAUCCCAACGUCCAAACAGACCCACCAGCAAGCGUCCUCUCUCGGAAUCCCGCUUUCGGAUCUCGACUCUCAUCCCACCCUCGACCUCGCAAUCGACGGCGCCGACGAGGUCGACCCAGAUCUCAAUCUGGUCAAAGGCCGUGGCGGGUCUCUGCUUCGGGAGAAGAUGAUCGAGGGCGCCGCGAAGAAAUUCGUGGUCAUUGUUGAUGAAUCGAAGUGGGUUCCCCACGUCGGAGCCAGCGGGGCGAUGCCGGUGGAGGUCGUGCCCUUUUGCUCCAAGUUCACGCAGGACAGCCUGGGGAAGAUUUUUGAAUACGCUGGCUGUGUGGCAAAAUUGAGGACCCUUAGCGGGGAGGAAGGUGGAGAGCCGUUUGUAACUGAUAACGGCAAUUACAUUGUGAACUUGUUCUUCAAGAGCGAUAUUGGGGAUUUAGGGGCUGCCAGCGAUGCCAUUCACAGGCUUCCUGGAGUGAUUGAGCAUGGUAUGUUCAUUGGUAUGGCUACUGCUGUUAUUGUUGCAGGUGAGCUUGGAGUCACCGUUAAGACCAAAUCGUGAUGGCAUGCUUGAUGAAGGAAAAUAUUAAAUUUUUUAUUCUGUACUAUUUAGAGUAGUACUCACAGGCAAGGAACUGAACCAGAGGAAGGACAGCAGAUUAUCAAGGUCUUCGUAGGAUAAUUGAAUGAAUGCUGUGUCUUUUCGAUUCUAGAUGGGUAGUGUAGUUAGCGUCAAGGUUAAGCUUGAUACUGUUAUGUAACAGACAUUUAGCAAAAUGAAAAAUGCCGCCAUGUGUGUCUCUAUCGUCCUGUUCCAGGGUCGAAUAUGUGUUUCGAUACUGAUUUCGGUCUGGUUGAAUGAUACAAUCAGCGUUAUUUCUAUGGGAAGUCCUUAUUUACUGUGGCAUUCUGAAGUCAUUGGAGGUUUGAUUCAGUAAUGUGCUAUUGCAGACUUGCAGUUAAUGUUGAAUGAUCCCCUAUAUGCAACUCAAGUCCAUGUUCUGUGAUAUGUCGAUUGCCUGAAGUUAUGUUUGUCUGUCUUCUGAUUGUGUUUGCUAUUAUGUGAUGCAUGUAAAGGAUCAGCUUCAGGUAUAAGCUGAUCUGUCUCUGCACUGUGGUCUAGGUGGAGAUUCUCCUUUCGUUUCAACAAUGCACAUAAUUUUAUCAUUUGCUUCAAAGCAAUGUGUAAGCUGUAAUUUCAGACUCAGCCAAUGCAGAACUU